AUGUAUGAUGAUAUAAAGAAAAAAAAAAGUGAAAACCGGAAAAAAAAAAAAAAAGGCGAUAAGGAAAAAAAUAGCCCCUUCAAUGAAAAUGAAAGCGAAAACGCUAAGAACGGUGUAAGAGGAAACGGGGGAAAUGUAACCAACAUUAUGGAAUACGAAAGCCCAAAAGUAAAUGCAAAGUAUGAGGAGUACACAAACCAAGAGAGGUGUGCCUCGCCUAACGCUACCCCCAAACGUGACAUGCGCGAGGGUAUAAAUGAUGAUCAAAACAUGUAUCACAUCUUCGAAGAGUUAAUAUUUAAUGAAGACAUGAAAAAAAAAGUACGUCAUUACACAUGGUUUUAUUACUUCGAAAAUCUUGUUCUAAAAUUGGACAACUUCGUAACCGAAAUAUUGAACUACUCCUACUACAUUCUUAACAGCAUGGCUACCCCCUCAUACAGUAGUGGAAUAAAUAACAAGCGUAACAUACUUCUUGUGCAGUCAACUGUCACAGUAAAACUGGUAAAUAUGAGGAAUAGGAAAAAAAAAUUCACCUCUAGUUUUAACCAUAAUGCAUUUAAGCGCAUAGAACAAAUAGUUAUGCACAAAGAAGAAAUAAACACAAACAGCAAAAUAGAUAAAAACGAACUGAAAAUUCUAAACUAUUUAAAAAAUCAAAACAUAAAGAGUAUGAUUUAUAUUAACGACAUCUUUGAGCCACAAUUUUUUUCUAUUCUCUUUUUAGUCCACACAAGAGAGGAAAAAGAAAUUUCCAAUUCUAUGAGCGAACAAAAUGAGAUAACAGAACAUUGGCCCAAUGAAAAUGUCCAAAAAUUAGAUUGUAAUGAGUAUGGGAUACUGAGAGGGUAUGAUAUUAUCCUCCUAAGGUAUUCAUACGAGAUUAUUUAUUUUUACAAAGAUGGUGAAGCGACGUCAAUCUACACUAAUCAUAUAUACAAUCAGGCCCACAAACAUGGAAAAAUUACAAAAAAGAAUCCUCAGAAAAGCAAAAAAAAGGAAGAAAAUGAUCAUGCAAAUGAGCAGAUGCCAACUGGAGCUAAUAACAACACGCUCAAUAAAGACAUAAUAGAAAAAAACAAAUAUCACACAAUGCUAACAUGGAGGAACUACUUAAACGACUCGAAUGAAUUAAAACAGUGUGUUGUACUGGAUGCACUAAAUAUAUGUUCCGGAAUGGAUGGAUAUAUUGAUGGAGAAAAUUUUAACUUUGACGUUUUGGUAAAUGACGCAUACUCCUAUCUGGUGAAAUACAAAACGAAGUUGUCCAUUUUCCGGUUGAUCUACGCCGUUACGUCCCUACUGAAGAGCCAAAUGCGACCAAUUAUAUAUAUUCCCCACUGGUGGUACCAUGACAUACCCUUCUGCGAAAAUAAUAUCGUGGAAUCGGGAGAUUUCCACUUAUUCGUUUUUAAGGAAUUAGAGAAAGACGGGUUCCUUAAAAUUGGAAAUAAAAACAAAGACUCUUCUGUCCUAACCAUGGAUGAAAAGGAUACAGAUUUGUUUGUCGAGCUAGCCAUAGAGGAAAAUGCAAUCCUCUGCACGAAUAAUAACGAUAUCAUUAAAUACUACAUUGACGUACGAACGAAAAAGGGAAAAAAUUUACCACAUUCUUACGUGAUGUAG